AUGAUGGAGGUGCUGCGUCAUGGCCGCGAAGUUGUGGAGAAGGAAUUGCCUGCAUUAGCAAAGAGCCUCAAAGACUUCGAUUUCGACUGGCAGCAAAACAGCGACACUGCGUUUCGCCUGAAGAAAGAAGAGACCGACUUUGAGCUGCUUCUCAAGGCCCUUCCUGUUUACCUCGCUCUAAACCCUCGAAAGGGCCCCUCCUUCCGGGGGCCCCCCGCCUACUUUGUGGUCCCUCAGGGGGGCCCCCCUGCAGCUGCUGCAGCAGACCAAUCGCGCCCGUCUGCUGCAGCUGCUGCUGCACCUGCUGCAGCAUCUGCUGCACCUGCUGCAGCAUCUGCUGCACCUGCUGCAGCAUCUGCUGCACCUGCUGCAGCUGCAGCAUCUGCUGCACCUGCUGCAGCAGCUGCUGCACCUGCUGCAGCAGCAGCUGCUGCAGCAGCUGCAGCAGCGGGGGGGGCCCCCUGGUACCCCCCAGAGACUUGGGGCUUUCGACUUGGGGCUGCAUGCAGUGCAGCAAGACAGAGGGGCCGUUUUCUUUAUCUUUUUGGGGCUUUGGAAAGAUUAGAAGUGGAAGGUUUGCUGCCGCUGCAUGCAGUUGCUGCUCUCGAGAGACACAGGGCGGGCCUUGACGAGCUCAAGUUGCUGCUGCAGCAGCAGAAGCAGCAGCAGCAGCAGCAGCAGCAGCAGCAGCAGCAGCAGCGGCUCCUGCUGCAGCAGGGGGAGGCCGCCGCUGCGCUGCAGCCGGCGGAGGCUCAGCAGCUCCUCGAUGACCAGAACCAGCAGCAACAGCAGCAGCAAGAACAACAGCUGCAGCAGCAGCAGCAGCAGCAGCAGCAGCAGCAGUUGCCGCCAGAUUUACUGGGGCUGCAGCGAAGGCUAAGAGAAGAGGCGACGGGCGGUAGAAAGCGGCAGCAGCAGCAGCAGCAGCAGCAGCAACAAACGGAGCAGCAAGCGGAGCUGCAGCAGCAGGAAGAAGAGGAGCUGCAAGCAGCAGCUGCUGCCUUAGAAGAGGGGGCAGCACUGGAGGCUGCGAGGCAGCAGCAAGCCGCAAAUCUAUUUCCAGCAGCAGCAGCAGCAGCAGCAGCAGCGCAGCCAAUAAAUGCAGCAGCAGCAGCACCAGCAGCAGCAGCAAACAGCGACGCCCAAAGGGAGGCCCUCAUGUCAGACUUCGAUUUUGGGGCUGAAGAAGAAGCCCCAGCUUUUUUCCUGCCCACCCCGCCACGGCCUGUGGAGCGGCGAGUAGGCUUGCGGCGCCAGCUGCUGCAGCAGCUGCAGCAGCAGCAGCAGCAGCAGCAGCAGCAGCAGUAUCCUUUUCCCCUCUACUCUAGAAGAUAUACUGAAGGGGGCUAUCACUAUGCGUUUGAUAUUUGGUCAUGGGACGAUGUGCUGGAGGCGCUGCAGUACUUCAACCAGCAGCAGCAGCAGCAGCAGCAGCAGCAGCAGCAGCAGCAGCAGCAGCAGCAGCAGCAGCAGCAGAAGCCAGCAGCAGCAGCAGCAGCAGCAGCAGCAGCAGCAGCAGCAGCAGCAGCAGCAGCAGCAGCAGCAGCACAAGCAGCAAAAGCACUAAAGCACCCCUGGCGCUCCGCCCCCCAGCAGCAGCAGCAGCAGCAGCAGCAGCAGCAGCAGCAGCAGCAGCAGCAGCAGCAGGGGGAGGCGCUGCUGUGGCCUGCGGAGUGGCGCGGCAUGCCGCUCGGGGUGUACGUACACCAGCUGCGACAGGGAGAUGUUGAUGCUCGUUUUCAUCCUCGAAGAAGACCCAUUUUAGAUCUUUUGGGAUUUAAGUGGACAGACACUCAAAAGUACCUCAACUUCACCUGGAUGAAACUCAUCAAAGGCAUGAAGUGGUCAGCAGCAGCAGCAGCAGCAGCAGCAGAGGAGCAGCAGCAGCAGCAGCAGUAG